AUGUUGUCGCUGUCGCUAUCGCUGCUGGGCAACCCGGUCCAACUGGGCUAUACUGCACUCCUUUUGCUUGUAUUUUCGGCUCUCUGGAUAUCUUGUAAACGACUGUAUUUCCAUCCUCUGCGGGAUAUUCCUGGUCCUCUCUUUGCUAGACUCACAGGGUGGUGGGAGUUUUACUUCGAUGUCAUCGACAAUGGGACCCUGGUCAAAAGACUGCCAGGACUUCAUGAGAAAUACCAAACUCCCGUUAUUCGCAUCUCGCCGAAUCACGUCCACGUCAACGACCCGGACUUCUAUCAUGUAAUCUAUCGCUCCGGAACAGACUACGGCAAAUCGCCUCAUUUCUACAAAGCCUUAAUCUAUCCCGAAGCCCUGAUUUCUAUCAUGGACUCGAAGCGCCAUCGCAUAUACCGAAACACGAUUGCGCCGCUGUUCUCGCCCGCCGCGAUCGAGCUCUGUACCCCCCGGAUCUUCCAAGUUAUUCAACAGGCUGCGACGAAGCUGAAGCAGAAGCUUGACUCUGGCGAGCCGAUGGAGAUCCAGCGCAUGUUUAAAUGUUUUUCGGUCGAUAUCAUCUAUGUCACUCUAUUCGGACAGGCAGAUGUCUUUGUCAAGGACUAUGAGCUGGAUCAUCCUCUUAUGACUAGCAUGGACCAGAUCACCCAUGGAAUGUGGCUUGCGAAACACUUUCCAAUCAUCAACGACAUCGCGCCCCGACUUCCGGCCUCGCUGUCCUCUCCGAAGCUUCGUGGCUAUGCACAGUUUAGACAACAAUGCAUGGCGUGGGUCGAAGGCGUGCAAGAACGCCGAAAGCAGGGAAAAUACACCACGCCAGACGGAAUCACAACCAUCUUCGACGCCAUGUUAACGCCUAGCGAGGAGCGCGGAUACAAAGCCCGAACACCAAAGGAGCUCAUCGACGAGGCUGCCCUGUUCAUCCUGGCUGGCAGCGAUACAUCGGGGUACUCGCUCACAACUGCGACUUACUAUCUUCUUACCCAUCCCACUAUCCUCGCUACCCUCCGAAAGGAGCUUGAUGCUGUGCAGUCGCAUAUUCGCGAAUGUCGCUGGGAGGAGAUUCGCAAAUUGCCCUAUCUGCUGGCGGUGGUUAAAGAGACACUGCGCCUUUCUACGCCGGUUCCAGGCAUGACGCCCCGGAUUGUCCCUGAGCCUGGGGUUACAGUGCAGGGCCACUUUCUGCCUGCAGGAACUAUUGUUUCCAUCACGCACCGCACCAUCCACGAUAAUCCCGACCUCUUCGACUCGCCGGAGAAGUUCAAGCCGGAGCGAUGGCUCGGCGAGAAGGGAAAGGCUCUGGAUCGGUGGAUGGUCGCCUUCAGCAAGGGGUCUAGACAGUGUGUCGGAAGCCCACUGGCGUACCAGGAACUCUCGCUUACAAUCGCGCACCUGUUCAGCCGGUUUGAUAUGGAACUUUUCGACACUAACGAGGAGAGCAUGGAGUGGGUGGACAAUGUCGUCGCCAUUAAUAAGAAGCCGGUAGAAGUCAAGGUAGUGGGGGACCGAUGGGCGUAG